AUAUGUUGAGAGAGAGAGAGAGAGGACUGUGUGUGUGAUUUUAUUUGUUUGUCGAAAUCUGGGAAUCAUUUGAUACUCUCCUUUGAUCGAUUUUCUGCAUCCGUGAGGAAACCAAUCGGCGAGCUCAAUUCGUCUCAUUCGAAAUCGGAAACCUGUGAUUUCGCGCGGUCCUGAUCCGGCUAUUUUCUGAUCGUCGGAUCAGCCAUUCGAUUUUAUCUCCGAGGGAGAGUGUCUGUGUGUGUGUGUGUGAAUCGGAGAGAGACAGAGAGGGAAUGAACGGUGACGAUGAGGCCGUCGCAGCUUCGGCAGACCCAUCUCUGCCUCUGGAUUGGAGAUUCUCUCAGGUCUUCGGUGAACGAAGCGCUGGUGAAGAAGUUCAAGAAGCUGGUGUUUCCUCUGCAGUUGAUAUAAUCUCAGCAAUCGAAUUUGAUCAUUCCGGCGAUCAUCUUGCUACUGGGGACCGUGGAGGACGGGUUGUUCUAUUCGAGAGAACCGAUGCCAAAAAUAGCAGUGGAGCCAGAAGGGAUCUUGAAGAAACUGAUUAUCCUCUGAGGCACCCAGAGUUUCGGUAUAAAACAGAGUUUCAGAGUCAUGACCCUGAGUUUGAUUACCUCAAGAGUUUGGAGAUAGAGGAGAAAAUAAACAAAAUUAGAUGGUGUCAAACAGCGAACGGCGCUCUUUUUCUCCUGUCUACAAACGAUAAAACCAUCAAGUUUUGGAAGGUCCAAGACAAGAAGAUCAAGAAAAUUUGUGAUAUAAAUUCAGAUCCUUCAAGAGCUGUAGGUAAUGGAACCAUUGCAACCUCGGUGAACGGAGGAGUACCUGAAGCGAACAACUCAUUUAUCCCAGGAGGCAUCUCAUCCCUGCGGUUGCCAGUGAUACAGGUAACCAGCCAUGAGUCGAGCCCUGUGGCUAGAUGUCGAAGAGUAUAUUCUCAUGCUCAUGAUUAUCAUAUCAAUUCGAUCUCAAAUAAUAGUGACGGAGAAACAUUUAUUUCUGCUGAUGAUUUGCGAAUAAAUCUUUGGAAUCUGGAGAUUAGCAAUCAAAGUUUCAAUAUUGUUGAUGUCAAGCCUGCGAAAAUGGAAGAUCUCUCUGAGGUUAUCACAUCAGCAGAAUUUCAUCCUACCCAUUGCAAUAUGUUAGCUUAUAGCAGUUCGAAAGGUUCAAUUCGCCUGAUCGAUCUCCGCCAAUCAGCUUUAUGUGAUUCACAUUCCAAAUUGUUUGAGGAACCAGAGGCAGCAGGUCCUAAAUCGUUCUUCACUGAGAUAAUUGCUUCAGUCUCAGACAUCAAAUUUGCUAAAGAAGGAAGAUAUCUACUUAGCCGUGACUACAUGACACUUAAGUUAUGGGACAUCAACAUGGACUCAGGUCCAGUAGCAACCUUUCAGGUUCAUGAAUAUUUGAAACCGAAGCUCUGUGAUUUAUAUGAAAAUGAUUCCAUCUUUGACAAGUUCGAGUGUUGUAUAAGUGGCAAUGGAUUGCGAGCAGCUACAGGUUCUUACAGCAAUCUGUUCCGUGUAUUUGGUGUUUCCCCGGGAAGUACCGAGACUGCAACCUUAGAAGCAAGCAGAAACCCAACGAGGAGACAUAUCCCAAUUCCCUCGAGACCAUCAAGAGCAUUAAGCAGUAUAACGCGUGUUGUAAGUAGAGGAUCAGAGAGUUCCGGAGUCGAUGGAAAUAGCAAUGCUCUUGAUUACACAACGAAGUUGCUGCAUCUUGCUUGGCAUCCAAACGAGAACUCAAUUGCUUGCGCCGCUGCAAAUAGCUUGUACAUGUACUAUGCUUAAAACGAUAUUCAGCAAAAAAGGCGCAUUUCCUUGCUCUGGACUCAUGGUGAUUGAUGGGAGAUUGCUAUAUACAUCAUCAUCAUCAUCGAUCGAUCACAUAAGCUAUGUAAUCAUCGUGUUGGACUUGUGGGAAAAUGGCAAGGAAAAGGCAAGCAGUGAAAGUCAAAAUUUCUAUUUUGAAGUGUAGAAUUUACUUGUGCACCUGGAAACUACUUUUACAGGCCAAGAAAGAAAAAAGAAAAAAAUCCGAUUGGAAGAAAUCGUGAUUUUAGUAAGCUAAUCUCAUAUGACUUUUGGAUUGGAUAUAGAUUAGAUUUUACAAUCUUUUCUGGUCUUAUGUAAUCAUUGUUUUAUUGAUUCUUUUGUUAAACUUGUUUCUAUUUUCUUGACUUAUUAAAAUAAUACAUUUCAGUUA